GAAUUCGAUUCCAAAAGAGAAGAGACAACGACGACGGCAGACAUCUUUGUUUCUUGCGGGCGAGUUUCGCAUUAAAAGUGAACAUUUUUUCGCAGUUUUACGCCUUAGUGAGUGUAUUUUGCGGUGAAAGAAUGCGCUAAAGACAAAUCAUUUCUCGGAAAGCAACUUUUCAACUCCGGUUUAGCCAUGUAAUAUGGUGUAAAAAGUGAAAAUAGUUGGGUGUCGAAAGGUGGAAAUAAUUUUGGGUCGGGAGUAUGGUACUCUAGAAGAGGGACAGGGAGGGAAGGUGGUAGCGUACGGACAAUAAGUGGAAGCAGGAGAGCAUAAGGUGCUUUUUUUGCGUGCAGCUCUGAAGACAGUUUGUGUUGCGCUGUGUGUGGGAAAGAGCAAGAAAAAAAAAGUGUAGAGACAAACAUCAACAAAAGCGGAUUCGUCCUGUGAGGAGUGAAAGAGAGUAUUAACCAACAAAGGGAAGCGCAAGAGGCGCUGCAGCUGCCGUUUAGGAUUCGGACGGAGCUGGGAAACGCGCUGGAAGAGCGAUGUCCUCUCAUCAGGAUAUAAUGUGCGAAGUGGAGAUAUCCGAUUCCAAUAUAGUGGAGGUGGUGGACGAUGGACACUUUGGAGCUGAAAUGGGAUACGAACAGUAUGAGGUCGGUGUCGGAGAUGACCAGUACGAAGAAGUAACCUGCGAAACGGAAGAUUCUCAAGGGCUGAUGAUGCACCAUAUGGACGAUGACGAAGAGAUACUGCACCAGGAAGCUGAUAUCCAGGCCCACGAAGAGGUGCUUGAUUCCUCCGGUGAUCCGAUGUGCGUGUACGGCGAUAUCAAUUUGGAAAAUGAAAUUUACAUUGAAUCAACGCCCGGUCCAAGUUCGAGGAAACGGAAAUCAGGAAUGAAGCAACCGCGGAUUGUGAAUCGAAUUCGAACAAACGACGUUCAUAAUCUGACUGCAGUGGAAACAAUGGAUGUCAAUCAGAAGCCAAGGCGGUGGGAACAAAAACAAGUACAAAUCAAAACGAUGGAAGGUGAAUUCAGUGUGACGAUGUGGGCCUCGGGAACCGAUGACGAUGACGGAUCGAAUCCAGAACCGGAUCCGGAUUAUACCGAGUACAUGACUGGCAAAAAGAUUACCCAAGAUAUUCCUGGAAUUGACCUAUCCGAUCCAAAGCAGCUGGCUGAGUUUGCAAGACCGAAUCACAAAGCGAAAUUGAAUAAAUUUGUCAACGUAGCGACGACAGCCGGAAUGUCAUCGAGAAUGGCAACGUCUGGCGGCGAAUCAUCUGACCGAAAUAUCGCCUGUCCUCAUAAAGGUUGCAACAAAAUGUUCAGAGAUAAUUCGGCGAUGCGAAAACACUUGCAUACUCAUGGCCCGCGGGUGCACGUUUGUGCAGAAUGCGGAAAGUCCUUUGUGGAGAGCUCCAAGUUGAAAAGGCACCAGCUGGUGCACACCGGCGAGAAACCAUUCCAAUGUACCUUCGAAGGUUGCGGCAAGCGAUUCUCGUUGGAUUUUAACCUUAGGACUCACGUGCGGAUACACACCGGUGAUCGGCCGUAUGUUUGUCCCUUCGAUGGAUGUAAUAAAAAGUUCGCUCAAUCUACCAAUCUCAAAUCUCACAUUCUGACCCACGCCAAAGCGAAGCGAAACAACAGCAGUGGCGGCAGUGGUGGCGGAGGAGGCGGCCGAAGUAACAACUCCAUGGCAUCGCAUCAUCCUAUGGUUAGCGUCCCUUCGCAGUCCAUGGUUAAGAUGGAAACGGUGGAAAUUUACAAUGACCCACAGUACAUCGUUUACACCGAUUAGGUUGAGUCCGGAAAAGAGGAAUUUUUGAGCAACACAUCUCAGGAGGAGGAGCAGGAUAGUGAAGAAUGCGUGUUCGCGUUGUCCAACCGAAACCACUUUUUCCAUUGUAAAUUAUAGUAUAGAAAAUCCUGCAUGGGGUUUUUUUUAGUAGUCUGUCAUUUCCUUCUAGAAUUAAUAUCGGCAUGAAGCGAAAAAGUUUAUGAAGCAUUACGAAUUAGAAAAUUUUCGUUUCAUUUUUAAUUUUUACAUUGAACUGUAAAUAGCUUGCAAAGUACACUCCGCGCCAACAUUUACGUGGAGAUUAAUUAAAGUUUGGAUUUCUUCGCGGUUACUUUAGCUCAGUACCUAGCACUGAAUGGUCUCUUCGAUUUAACAAGUUUGAUUUAUGUUAGACUAAUCAUUACGUUUAGUACAUAAUCCAAUCAAUUUCGGUUGUCGAUGCAGCGUGUUUAGUUAUUUCGAUAGAAGCAGGAAGAAGGAGCCCAGAAAUUGUCUGGGGGACUAGGAUACAGCAAAUAUAAUUGUCUAUUAUAUUUUUAAAGUAAUGUGCAAACAACACAAAUAAAUUCUUAUAAUGUAAAAAGUAGAA